AUGGCAACACCUCUAUUAAUCUUCAAAUUGACAUUAGGGGGGUAUCCAGUUUAUUGCAACAGGCAAGAUAAUGGUGUGAAGCCCUACCUUCCACAAAGUCUUCGCAGAAUUGCUUUUGACAUUGUACAUGGAAAUGCACACCCAAGCAUAAGGAUUACUUCAAGGGAGUUGCGAAGAAGAUUUUCGCAUAUUCACAUUGACAUAAUCAAAUUGCCUAAUAUUAAUGGAUAUCCUUAUUGCCUAACAAUCAUCGACAGAUUUACAAGGUGGCCAGAAGCUGUUCCUCUAAAGGACAUUUCUGCAGACACGAUUGUCCAAGCCCUAUUUUCAAACUGGAUAUCAAGAUUUGGUACACCAUGUGUGAUAACAUCCGACCAAGGAUGCCAGUUUGAAUCAGCUAUAUUCAAAUCACUAAUGGAUGCAAUAGGUGCUAAGAAAAUACGGACAACGGCAUAUCACCCUCAGUCCAAUGGUCUGGUUGAACGCUGGCAUAGAACUCUGAAAGCAGCUUUAAUGUGCUCUCCUGAGCCUUGGAUCGAAGUAUUACCUGUAGUCUUACUAGGUUUACGUUCUUCAUACAAGAAGACCUUAAAGCAUCUCCUGCUGAGAUGGUUUAUGGAACCACAUUAA